AUGUCCGACACCACGCAGAGGGCCACCUUGGCCGCCGGUUGCUUCUGGGGCGUGGAGCACCUCUUCCGCAAGAACUUCGGUAACGGAAAGGGUCUCCUGGAUGCCAAAGUAGGCUAUUGCGGUGGAAACACGGCGUCGCCUUCAUAUCGCGCCGUGUGCAACGGCGAUACGGGUCAUGCCGAGGCCCUUGAUAUCACGUUCGAUCCCUCCAUCGUCACCUACCGCUCCCUCCUUGAAUUCUUCUACCGCAUGCACGACGCCACGACCAUGAACCGCCAGGGCCCCGACGUCGGCACCCAAUACCGCAGCGUCAUAUUCACGCACGGCGACGAGCAGGAGAAGAUCGCCAACGAGGUGACGGAGAAGGUCAGCCAGGAGUGGUACAAGCAGCCCGUUUCCACCCAGGUUGUGCCGGCGGCGCAAUGGUGGGACGCGGAGGAGUACCACCAGCUCUAUUUGAACAAGAACCCGGCUGGAUAUGAAUGCCCUGCUCACUUCGUGAGAAACUUCCCCCCUCUGUCUGCUUGA